CGGCGCCAAUACGGGAUGAAUAAGGCCAGCCACAUGUUCUGGUGGUGUAUGUUCACCAGCUCUCGCAGGCACCGAGUUUCUUCUCCAAUCCAUCUUCAGGCUAAACAUACGAAGAGAGUUUAGCCGGCUAGGCCAAUCAUACCUGCUCCAGCUCUGCUUCGCCAUCUUUUUGAUGAGUAGAGGCUCCCCAUCUCGGCCCUCCUGCCGGUUGAGGCCGGCAGAGUGAUGAGUGAUCGGAGUCAUGCUCGUGAGAUUGGGCUUCGUCGUUGUAGCCUCCGUCGCAGCUUUAACUCUUAAGAGAGUUAACAGUGGGGGCAGGCAUAAUAAAGACAAUGGCCAAGCAAGGGAAAGGAAGGACAAGACACACCAUUCUGAACAUGGUGAGAAAGAAGAAGAGAAGGAAGAGGUUAAAACAAUCAGUGGCAUAAUCAACUCAGCCCGGUCCCUAGACGAUGACGACGAUGAUAUGCUUUCUGAGAUUGAGAGCCUCCUGUCAGGAGACAUUGACAUCCCUAUACCAAGCGAUCGGUUCGAUGUCAAUGGACGGUCACAGUACAACGCUCACAUGGCUAAUGAGGCCGCUGAGAUAGACAGGCUGCGCAGCCUGGUGAGGGAGAUGGAGGAAAGGGAGGUGAAGCUCGAAGGCGAGCUGCUGGAGUACUACGGCAUGAAGGAGAUGGAGACCGACGUUACUGAGCUGCAGAAGCAGCUCAAGACUAAGACAGCGGAGAUCAACAUGCUCAACAACACCAUCAACUCAAUGCAGGCAGAGCGGAAGAAGCUGCAGGAUGAGGUUGCGCGUGGAGCGGUAGCCAAGAAAGAGCUUGAAGCGGCUACGAGCAAGAUUAAGGAGCUGCAGCGGCAGAUGCAGCUGGAGGCCGGCCAGACAAAAGGUCAGCUGAUGCUGCUAAAGCAGCAGGUCAUUGGAUUGAAGGCCAAGGAAGAAGAGGCGGCAAAAAAAGAAGCCGAGGUCCAGCGAAAGCUCAAGAAGCUCAAGGAAUUGGAAGUGGAGGUAAUUGAGCUCAGGAGGAAGAACAAGGAGCUUUUGUACGAGAAGAGAGAUCUCAUAGUGAAGUUGGAUGCAGCAGAAGGAAAAAUAACAGAGAGUGAUGUAGUCGCCAACGCAAGAGAAGAGAUAAACAAGCUGAGGCAUACAAAUGAGGACCUCACAAAGCAAGUGGAAGGCCUACAAAUGAACAGAUUCAGUGAAGUAGAGGAGCUGGUGUACCUGCGUUGGGUCAAUGCUUGUCUGAGAUUCGAGCUCCGUAACUAUCAGAUGCCAUCAGGGAAAGUCUCUGCACGUGAUCUUAACAAGACCCUGAGCCCCAAAUCACAGGAGAGGGCCAAACAGCUGAUGUUGGAGUACGCAGGAUCUGAACGAGGUCAGGGUGAUACAGACCUUGAGAGUGUUUCUUCAAUGCCUUCUUCACCCGGAAGCGAAGACUUUGACAAUGUUUCAAUUGAUAGUUCUUCCAGCAGAUACAGCUUCCUAAGCAAAAGGCCCAAUCUGAUGCAAAAGCUCAAAAGGUGGGGAAGGAGCAAGGAUGACAGCAGUAGUUUAGCCUCCUCAAUCAGUGGCUCUCCAAGGAGGAAACCAAGGGGGCCCCUGGAAGCUCUCAUGCUUAAAAAUGCAGGAGAUGGUACAGCCAUAACGACGUUUGGACAGAGAGAUCCUAAUGACAUCUUGGACGAGGAAAAUGUCGCAUCCUCAUUCCAAUUGAUGUCAAAGACAGUCGAAGGUUUUGCUGAUGAGAAGUAUCCUGCUUACAAAGAUAGGCACAAACUUGCAACUGAACGGGAGAAUGCAAUAAAAGAGAAGGCUGGACAAGUAAGAGCACAAAGGUUUGGCGGUGGGCAUAGUUCAGCUCUUAUUUCCUCUCCAAAAGGUGCACUUCCACCAAAACUUGCUCAGAUUAAGGAGAGAGCCCCUGCAGCUAACGCCGCAUCCAGCGAGCAAUCUAGUGACAACCAGAACAACAUCCUGGUGGUGAGCCAGUUGAAGCUCGCCAACAUUGAGAAGAGAGCAACAAGAGUCCCCAGGCCACCUCCCCCUCGAUCAACCACUGCUUCAGGGGCUACAAAUACUGCAAGUGGAGUACAAACACCACGUCCACCAGGUGCACCUCCUCCUCCACCACCACCUCCUGGGAAAACUGGUGGCCCACCGCCACCGCCACCACCUCCAGGUGCUCUACCCAGGAGUGUUGCUGGGAGUGACAAGGUACAUCGUGCACCGGAGAUUGUUGAGUUCUAUCAAAGUCUCAUGAAGCGUGAAGCAAAGAAGGAGACAUCUCUAGGAUCAGUGUCAUCCAAUGUUUCUGACGCCAGGAGUAAUAUGAUUGGAGAGAUUGAGAACAGAUCAACAUUCCUCUUGGCUGUCAAAGCUGAUGUGGAGACGCAAGGAGAAUUUGUCGAGUCUCUAGCAAGUGAGGUCCGAGCAGCAAGCUUUGUAAAUAUUGAUGAUGUCGUUGCAUUUGUAAAUUGGUUGGAUGAGGAGUUAUCCUUCUUGGUUGAUGAACGAGCAGUGCUAAAGCAUUUCGAUUGGCCAGAGAGCAAAACUGAUGCAAUAAGAGAAGCAUCUUUUGAGUACCAAGACCUGAUAAAGUUACAGAACAAGGUUUCAUCCUUUACCGAUGAUCGACAACUUGCAUGUGAGGAAGCUCUCAACAAGAUGUAUUCCUUGCUUGAGAAAGUGGAGCAGAGUGUCUAUGCACUACUCCGUACUAGAGAUAUGGCCGUCUCACGGUACAAGGAGUAUGGGAUCCCAGUUGACUGGCUGUCUGAUUCUGGAGUAGUUGGCAAGAUCAAAUUGGCAUCUGUCCAGCUCGCAAACAAGUAUAUGAAGAGGGUUGCUUCAGAACUUGAUGCAUUGCAAGGCACCGAGAAAGAGCCCAAUAGAGAAUUUUUGCUUCUCCAGGGUGUGAGAUUCGCUUUCCGAGUUCAUCAGUUUGCCGGAGGCUUCGAUGCAGAAAGCAUGAAAGCUUUUGAAGAGCUAAGGAGCAAGAUGACUACACAGACACCAGCUCCACAGAUAUCUGAAGUGUAAUUUGAACACAGGAUUCGAUACCCAUCUAGUUUGGAAAGCCAUUUUUAGUCGAUUAGCUUAAGUGUACAAAGAGAAGUGUAAAUUUCAGUGUUGCAAUGUAUAUGCUAAGAAGACAAUAAAGGUCUUCAGGUUUUGUUCAUACGUAUACCAGUUUUAGUGAAAGCGUAUACCUUUUUCAUCUGAAGGUUGUAAACUGUACACAAGCAAGUUCUUAAAAUGAAAGCUAGCAGAGAGCCAGAAAUAGUUUUGUUGGUGUUUUUGAA